AUGGCACCGCGAGGGUUCACGAAUCCUGCUCCCAAGACUGAAUCUGCCCGCUCUGCUUUGAGCUCCUUCACAUGUACUCUUUGCAAUAAAUCUUACUCGCGCCAUCCGGAAUAUGAAGCCCAUAUCUCUUCCUACGAUCACCAACAUCGCAAGCGCCUACAAGACCUGAAACAAUUGUCGCGAGAUCCUAAUGCUGCUGAAAAGGCAAGAAGAGCCGAGAGAAAGGCAGAUGCAGAGGCGGGACUGAGAGUAAUCGGAACGACUCCCGCAUCAGGAGCCGGAGGCGCCGUAGGCACCAGUGGGGGAGGCGGGUUUAAGAAAGGAGGAUUCAAGAGCUCCUUUACCACGGUCAAAGGGCCAGUAUCUGCUACUGUGUCUACGAGGAAAAAUGUCCUAGGGGAUGACGAUGACGAUGACGAUGACGCCGACCAAGCGCUAGGAGCGGGUGAAUCGAGCGAAUUUGUCAGGAACAAACCCAGGCAGGAUACGGACGCUCAACACGACAAUGCAGAGAGCGAUACUGACGAGGAGUACACAAACGACGAUACGGGGGCCAGUUACUAUGAUCCUCGAAAACCUACCGACUGCUCGUUACGGUGCCCGGGGGUUCAACAUGAGCUUACCAUAGCAUGA